AUGGCGUCUCAGCAUUCGAGGCGCUCACGCGACCCCUCCCGCCCAGAAAUGUCCAUCGGUCGCUAUACGCGGCUGGAUGAGAUCGGGAGAGGAAGCUUCGCGACAGUCUACCAGGGCGUGCACACAAAAACUCGAACCUACGUAGCCAUCAAGUCUGUGAACCUCUCGAAGCUCAACAAAAAGCUCAAGGACAACCUUUCAUCCGAGAUCGACAUCCUCAAAGGCCUCCAUCAUCCUCAUAUUGUGGCUCUUAUCGACUGCCAUGAAUCGACAUCUCACAUCCACUUGGUUAUGGAAUACUGCGCGCUCGGGGACUUGUCGUUGUUCAUUAAGCGCCGGGAUACCCUUGCAACACAUCGAUACACGCGAGACAUGAUUGCCAAAUACCCAAAUCCGCCUGGCGGCUCCCUCAAUGAGGUGGUAACUCGGCAUUUCCUUAAGCAGCUUUCAAGUGCGCUCAAAUUCCUUCGAGACCGAAACCUUAUCCAUCGAGACAUCAAGCCUCAAAACCUUCUCCUUUGUCCCUCGCCAUCAUCUUACCGGAGUGGGGCUGCACAAGUGAUUCCUUACAAGGGCAGUGAUGACUCCUAUGAACCUACAACCGGAAUCGAGUCACUACCAAUGCUCAAGAUUGCGGAUUUCGGCUUCGCUCGAUCUCUACCAGCUACCUCACUGGCGGAGACCCUUUGUGGUUCCCCGCUGUACAUGGCACCUGAGAUACUUCGGUAUGAGAAGUAUGAUGCGAAGGCCGAUUUGUGGUCUGUAGGCACAGUGCUCUACGAGAUGGUGGUUGGCCGACCUCCGUUCCGGGCCACUAACCAUGUAGAACUGCUACGGAAGAUUGAAAAGGGCGAGGAUCGUAUUCGCUUCCCUGAAGAGAAUCCAGCCUCGGAUGACAUCAAAAAGCUAAUUCGGGGUCUUUUGAAGCGGAACCCGGUGGAACGGUUGAACUUCCCUGAUUUCUUCAAUAACAAUGUGAUCAACAAUCCCAUUCCUGGGCUGGUGGCUGAUGAUAUUCCUGGAGCUCGACGACCUUCCCUUGAUACUUCGGGACCAUCUCAAUCGCCGCGGCCAGCUCAGCUUGAAACAAAGGCCGAGGAGUCUCCUUAUGAUACAGGGCCAGAUGAGAAAGUCACAUAUCCCAUGGAUCACCGGACUUCUUUAGGCCAUCAGAAAUCAGGGACUCCGCCCACUGCCACAAACAUGCGUCGCGUGGGAAGCUCGGAUCGGCCUUUGUCAGGGAUUACCAAGGAGCAGCAACGAGGAGGCACACCGCCACAACGUCCUGGUCCUGUCAGCCUCGCCACUGCUCCGGGGCGCCAGGAACUGACUGAUCGCAAUGCAACAACAUUGGCUAUGGAACGGCAAAGACAACGGAACACAUAUGCCGGCUCACCCAACGCAAGCGAAUCGACAGUUCGUGCUCAGGAGGAGCGGGAUCGGGCUGCGCAGGAAGUGGCCUUUGAAAGAGAUUACGUGGUUGUGGAAAAGCGUGCCGUGGAAGUCAAUGCGUUUGCGGAUGAAUUGGCUCACAGCCCACGUCUCCAGGGUGGGUUUACUCGCCCAGGACAGACUGGUACCGGGCCUCGUCGCGCGACAACGCAGUGUCUACCAACAGUGUCGCCAUCUUCUCCACAUGCCAACGCGGCCAAAGCCAUGCAGGUUGUCUCAAAUCGUGCCCGAGCAGAUUCAACGCACCAGCGCCAGCAUUCUUACGAGCGACGCUAUGGACAAAGCCCUACAUCGGCGACCUCAGCAAUCUCGAAAGCACUCAACAUGGCCAGCGGCCGUCUGUUUGGGAUGGGUUUCUCUCCUCCGCUUGCCAUCACGAAAGGUGGACGGUCUCCACCUCUAGCUUACAACCCGUUCCCUGCCUAUCCUACUGCACAAGCGAGUCUCAUGAUCAUGGGUGAAGGCGGAAAGACAAAUAUCACAUCCGACGAGGAUUGCAAGACUGUCCAGGCUAUUGAGGAAUGUGCCACACGGAGUGAUGUGGUUUUUGGAUUUGCCGAAGUCAAAUACAAGCAGCUUGUUCCGCUAGCACCUUCAGCGCCAACUGAUCCAUCUGCGAGACCCAUGGGAAACAACGAUGUUGACUCAGCUGAAUUUGAUGAUGGAUUGACAGUCGAUGCUAUUGUCACACUAUCCGAGGAAGCCCUGGUGCUAUAUGUCAAGGCUUUGGCAUUACUCGCCAAGUCAAUGGACAUUGCUGGGGCUUGGUGGUCGCGCAAGAACCGCGAGGAAGCUUACGGCGAGUCACCUUCGAGUAAAGAUAAUAUGAGUGCGGUUGCCGGUACUCGGAUCAACUAUGUCGUCCAAUGGGUACGCAGUCGGUUCAACGAAGUGAUCGAGAAGGCAGAGUUUGUGCGCAUGAAGCUCAUCGAAGGUCAAAGACGCUUGCCCCCAGAUCACCCCAACCACCCGAACAACCAUUCCAUUGGUUCUAGCGCAGGCUCAGGCUCAACCGCAGACGUUGUGGUGAGCGCCGGUGUCACAGCUGAGAGACUUAUGUACGACCGUGCCCUCGAGAUGAGUCGGGCUGCAGCCAUCAACGAGUUGACGGGCGAGGAUCUCGCCAACUGUGAGAUUACAUACGUCACCGCCAUUCGAAUGCUCGAAGCUGUCCUCGAGGACGAUGGGACACGACCCAGGUCCGGCAGUGCCAGUGACCGCCAGAGCAGUUCCCAGCGGAGCGACAAGGUGAUAUUGGAUGACCUUAUGGUCGAGGAUCGGCAGGUCGUCGUCAAACUCGUCUCCAGUAUGCGUGGCCGCCUCGCAUCUGUGCGGAAGAAGGUUGCCGCCUUGUCCAAGCGGUCAUCAUCUUCGACGCCAGUGGGUAGUGCGGGGAAGAUGCCCCCUUCUAACAUCGUACCUGUGUCGCCUACAACAGGUGUAACACCACCUAGGUGA